ACAAUAUUGAUUGAAUCAUGUGACCAAGUUGAGUCAUUGGACUUUUGUAUUUUCAUAUUGUGAAAUCUUAUUAUCAACAUUUUAUUUAUAUAUUUCUAUUAAAUCCUGAAACAGGAUUUAACUAAUGCAAGUGUUCUAUAUAUAAUAAUGGAAAAAGGAGCACCACAACAACCAGCCUAUGGUCAACCAGCAUAUGGCCAGCCACCACAAGGUUAUGCUGGACAACCACAGUUUGGACAGGCUCCAUAUGGUGCACCACCAGGACAGGCUCCAUAUGGUGUCCCACCAGGACAGGCUCCAUAUGGUGCACCACCAGGACAGGCUCCAUAUGGUGCCCCACCAGGAAUGAUACAUGGUCAGCCAGCAGUAGGUCAGUGGAUGGCCAGACCUGAGGGUAUUCCAGGUUGUCCUCCUGGACUUGAAUAUCUCUGUCAGGUUGAUCAACUCCUUGUUAAACAACAGAUGGAGUUACUGGAAGCUUUCACUGGGUUCGAGACGUCCAACAAAUAUAAAGUACAGAACAGUAUGGGGCAACAGGUGUAUUUUGCAGCUGAAGAAUCUGACAUGUGUAUGAGACAGUGCUGUGGUCCACAGAGAGGAUUUACUAUCCAUAUUACAGACAAUGCUGGCCAGGAAGUUAUUCGUGUAACUAGAGAGUUUAAAUGUUGUGUUGGUUGUCCGUGGUUUGCAUGUAAUGAUUCCUGGGCACAUGUUGUACAGAUAGAAGCACCUGUUGGACAAAUUGUUGGAUAUGUGAAACAAAGACAAAGCUGUAUUGAACCACAUUACAUUAUUUGUAACGCUGAACAUGAAGAGGUGUUUUCUAUGACAGGACCUUGUUGCAUUAUACAAGGACCAUGUUGUACCUGGGACCAAGAUUUCAUUGUGAAUUCUAAAGAUGGCCAGACAGAAGUUGGAAAGAUCAGCAAACAGUGGAGUGGUUUACUGAGGGAAUAUUUCACUGAUGCUGACAACUUUGGUAUCUCAUUUCCGAUGGAUCUUGAUGUCAAGUUGAAGGCAGUUAUGUUAGGAGCUGUUUUCCUUAUUGACUUUAUGUAUUUCGAGCAGAAUCAACAAAACAACAAUAACAGAGGAUACAUGUAAACAUGUCUAUAACAUACAGUGAUAGAGGAAACAUGUAAACAUGUUUAUAACAUACAAUGAUAGAGUAUACAUGUAAACUUGUCUAUAACAUACAGUGAUAUAAGAACAUCACAAGAGAAAAUAUAGAGAAGAAAGUUUAUGGACAUAUAAUAUCUAUAUACAUUAUAACUUUUGACAUAACUUUUAGCAUAUUGUUGAUAACUUGACUUGAUAUUUCAUUUUGAAAUAAACAAAUCAUUCAUAUUUUAUAUAUGGUAUCAUUUAACUACUAGUUGAUUUUAGCAAACAUUAUGUGUUAAGUAACAAACAUUUUAAUACUAUAUGUGAAACUAUUUAAUUACUAUGAAGAAUUAUGUUCAUUUUAGCAAACAUUUGUUUUUGUUUUAAUUGAGGAUAUAUAACAUUUAUUUUUGUAAUGAGGAUAUAUCUGAAAUCCAUUGAAGAAGUGGGUGCAAUAAUAUAAACCAAGAGUACACAAAAACGUUCUUUUUAUUGGAGCAUUUUUAUUUGAUCUCUUAUGUUUUAAAUGAUAUAAAUAAUUACUUUAUAUUUAUAAAUGUUGAUAAACCAUGACUUGAAAUGAGAAAGUCUGCCAGGAAUGCAUGAAAUUACGGUCAGUGUCUCAAGUUUUUAUCACCAAAAUGCCUUUUCUUUUACUGUAGACUAGAUUUUAGUGUUUAAAACAUGUCUGUUAGUUAAAGGGGUUCAAAGUAUGAUGUAAAUGUAGUUGUUGUCUUGUAGAUAUGUUUUAAGUCACAAAUUUUAUCAAAAAAUUAGCCUUGUAUAUGGAUUUCUUUGUUCAUAAAAUACGUUAUUUAUGUUGCAAGUAUAGGUUAGAGUGCAUAUUGGGUGUUCUUCGUAAAUAAGAAAGCUAAAAAGGAGCGGAGCUUGCGAAGCGACUGUAGCUUUCUUAUUUACGAAGAACAUCCAAUAUGCACUCUAACCGGCUUAGUGCUCCGCCCAUUUUUUUCCGCCUAACACACUGCGUGACGUCACACGAUAGCCUAAAUGUGUAUAACCAUAUUUGGAAGAGGUAGCAGUACACAUUUUCGGGUCACGUGUUUUGCAUAGUUUAUUCCCGCAUUCUGUCUAGGUAAAUCAGACAAUAUCACGGUGCAUAUCCAUAUCGGUUCCCUCUUUGCGAAAUAUUCUCAAACGGUACCCUCUUUGAACAUACACAGGUCAUUCUCUGCUAAAAACAAACCAGCGAUGGAUAACAAUGCAGUAAAAAUUUAUUGUAAUAAGGAAAGGAGGUAUGACAUGUAGAAAAGAUGUAUACCACGGAACACUAGAAUGUUUUUUUAAUGUGCUGAUUUGUCAUGUGCCCGAUUUUCAUGUACUGCAACUUCACAAUAAGCUGCAAAAAGUCGACAUGUCUUGCCUCGCCCGUCACCUCGACAUAUUUUUCGGGCUGAAAUGAACCUGUAGCUUGAUUAUAUAUGCAUCAUACAUAUUAAUUAUGUUCAUAUACAUAUCAUCUUCGGACAAAUGGCAGUAUAUUGUCAAAAAUAAAUGUAAAAUUAAUAAAAACACCCUACUUUCGGUCUUGCGGCGGCACGGGCUGUAAUAUUUACAUAAAAAGUUAGAAAUAUUACAAACAUACUAUGUUGGAAUAAGUGAACUUUUUAUUUGGAAAUUAUAAAAUGAUAAUGGUUCCGUAAGUAAUAAAACAUUUUUACUGUAAUUUUGCCUGUUUUCAUUUCAAUGAACCUCUUUUUUUAAUUCUAUGCGGUAGUGACGAUAUACAUGUGCGUGUACGGAAAAAAAAUGAUGCAUAAAUAUUGAUUAGUAGGAGUAAACUUCAUGAUCUCUGCACAUGCGUAUAUUUCACUUUAGCGCUCUUCGAAACUAAGCUCCGCCCACUUGCUUUUUAUAAUAUAAAACGUCCAGUUUAUAUAAAAUCUGUUCUAUUAAGAUUUGAAACCUGAAAAUUUGAAAAAUCCUCUUCGGUGAUUGGCUUAAAAAAAUUGGCGAGCACUAAGUUUUAAUAGUACAGUUUUAUUGUCUCUUUAUUAAUAAUUGUAUAUAUACAUGUACUAGUAAACGUAUAAAUAUAGAAUAUUAUCACUGUCAUAACAAAAGAUAAUUUCAUUUCAACCACCAAAAUCCAUAUGGUAUAUAUUAUACAUUUUUUAUGAUGAAGAAUACCCGAAAGAGAAUUCAGAUUUAUAUUAAAAGUUUUGUUAGUAUAAUGAUUAACCUACCAGCAUUAUAGCAGUGUGUAUAUUUUGUUUACUCCACCAUGAUUUUAUUAUUUAAUGUUCUACAUUUACUAGUAUUAGGCUCUUUACACGAGAUCUGUUUUUCUACUUUAAGUGUCUUAUUGCAAUUUUUAUUUAUUAGAAUAUAUAUGUAUAUAAAUGUCAAGUUAUUGCAAGAUGUGACUGUUUUUAAAAUGGAUUGAGAGAUUCUACAGGUAUUCCCUCAUAUAUUACACAUGAUCUAGUAGAGUUAGUAAUGUCUUGUACUAGGUUAUAAGAUGAGAUGUAUAGUAAGAUAUUCAGAUUUUUAUACAUGGGUACUAGGAAUAUAAAACUUAAAAGACAAUAGUAAUAGUUUAUAAAGGUGUGAUAUAUGUUAUAUGAUCUUAUGAUAAAUUGAUAUAUGUUUUAUGAUCUAAUGAUGGUUAAAUGUUACUUUUAUCAUUCCCACUACCCAUAUUGCCUUAUAUGUGUACAUUUAUAAAAUAAAUAACUCCAGUUUUUCUGUGGGAUAUAUUGUUGGGAUAUGUUUAUAAAGUGUCAUGGUGAAGACAAAUGUUUGUGACAGUGUUAAACGUCAUAAUAAACUACCAGUAUAAUUAUUUUUGUUUGAAUUACCUUGUAACUCUAGUUAGGAUGCACUAACAAAAGGCUCAGAAAAGGAUGUUAGGAAUUUUAGUAUUUGAACUUUACUCAUUACAAAAAUAUUAGAGUGAAAUAUUUAACAUUAGUGUUAUUUUGUAGAGAGGGACACUAACUUUGGUCAGACUUGAACUGUAUUUUCAUUGUUACAAACUAAAGAAUAUAAUCUCUCCUUUUUAACAGCUUUUAUUUUUAAAACAUAAUUAUCAAUUAUUUGAGAUUUUUGUAAAUGCACACCUGACAAAAGAUGUUGAAAAAUGGAAUUUAUCAGAGUUUUAUUUCUAAUGUAACAUUUUAUAUUAUUUUGCAAUUUUACACAUUUUAACUUUGCCUUUCUUUCAAGAUUGUAGAUAAUUAGAAUUAAAAUAUUGUACCCUUAAAUAUUUUUAACAUCUUGAGUUGAUGUUUCCAGUCAUUUAGGAUAUUUAUUUUCAAAACUUUGGCCUAUUUUGGAAAGUUUAUAACGUAGUUUUACAUGACAACAAUGUAAAACUGUCAUGUAAAAUGCUAUGAAAAAAUGACAUUUUCAAUUAUGUUUAUACCCCCACUUGUGGGGGAGCAUGUACAUUUGCCAUUGUCCUUCCCUCAUACUCUAAUGAUAUACAUUUGUACAUUAACAAAACAGAGAAAUCCAUGUCCUAUGCUCUAAUGAUAUACAUUUGUACAUUAACAAAACAGAGAAACUCAUGUCCUAUGCAUACAUUUCUAAUUAUUUCUACAACUAACCUAAAGGCCAAUUAUACCUAACAGGAGCUUGUUUUUAUUUCCUAAAACCUUUUUAUUUUUGGUAUUGUGUUACUGAUUCAUUGGUCAUCUUUAGAUUCUUUCUCGUUUUUGGCAAUUUUAUAUAGGUAGGGUGUUUUAAUAUUUUUAAUCACUUUGUUUACAUUUUGCUAGCUUAUCACAAAUUAUUUCACAUUCAGUGCCAUUUUCUUCAUGUGAUAAGCAUCUAACUUGUUUUGAAUUCAUUAUUCCAAUAUUAUAAAACAUUUGUUUGCAGUUACUACUAAAAGAAAAAGUCAUUUAUACUGAGGCUUAAUGUACCUUUAUAGUAAUACAUUUUUCACAUAGUGUGUCAUAUUAAUACAUUAUUUAGAAUGUGUAUUACAAUUGUGACAACACAGUUUGUACAAAAUGCCACAAUGUUGAUUGACAAUAUUUCAUCUAUGGCAUGUUGAAAUACUUUAAAUUCAGAUUGACAGAAUUUAUUGCCAUUAAGUGGUAAAUACACAACAGGGUAGGGCUGGUGAUAAUUGGUCUGUUAAAUAAAUAAUGGCCCUGCUUCAAGCAGAUGCUCAUAAUUUAAUCAGGGUCAAUAAUCACUGCAACUCAUCUCUGGCAUGUAAUAAUGUUUUUUGAAGGGUAUAAAGCUAUAUCUUAUGAAAUAUUUUUAUAAUUUAUCAAUAGUAAAAUUAAAUUGUUUCUAUAAUCAUUAUGGUUGACUUUCUAGAAAGAGUUGUAAGGUAGUCUGUCUCUGUUAUUAAACACAUAUGAAUAUUGUAAGUUAACAGAAUAAAUUGUUCUGCAACACAAUAUACUUCACUUUUUAUAGUACUGUAGGGUUUUAUCUCUUUAGCAGCAAUGAUUUCCUAAAUGCAACAUUUACUUUUAAGGUAAUUUACUACAAUAUUUCUGUAAUACAAGCAUACUGAAAGUAUUAUUCUUUUUAAAAUACUAGCAAUAAUUUUUGCAGCAGAUAUAUAGCUUUAUACACUGACAUAUUAUUAAGUAUUUGCAUUUGCCAAGGACAUUUUUACUGGAGAACCCGCUGGAGUUAUUACAAAUCAAGCUACUUACCUUAAAUGCCACGAAGACCAGUUAAAUCAAGUUUUUUUUUGUUUGAACUUUUUUUUUUCCUUUUUUUGAUCAGUAAAACUGUGUAUUUAUACAAGUAACAAUUAUUUUUUAAGUUUUAAUAAUACCACUUUUCAGCCGUCUUGUUUAAUGACGUCAAAUAUGUCAUUGCCUUUGAUCGUUUGUUACAUUUGAUCAUGUUCAGCAGGCUGAUUAUGAUUUUGAUGUUUUAGUGGAGCAGCACACUUAUAAUUGAGGAGCACACUUAUAAUCAGACAUUCACAAUCAUUUGAGUCUUGGCCAAUUUUGUUAACAUUCAUAGUAACGUGUGUUCAAUCAUGAAAGGAUAUGUAUAGUUGUAUCAUAUUUAAUAAGUGCAGUAAGUGUUCACGGUUUGUUUAUAAUAAUUGUAUAGAACAAUCAAUGUUUUGAUAAUUACACAGAGGUAUGUUAGCAUAAAACUUGUACAUAACAAUCAGCCAUUUUUGAUGUUAUAUGUUUAUUAAUGUAAAUGAUUAUCACUAAAAUGCUAUCUUUGACAAACCAACAACAAGAUUUGGAGCAUUUGCAAGGAAAGUAUUGUAUCAUCGUAAAUAAUUUUGAGCAACAUAUUUUAUAUUUGGUCAUUAUUAUACCCCCAAAAACGAAGUUUGGGGGGGGGGGUAUAUAGGAGUCACCCGGUGGUCGGUCGGUCGGUUGGUCCAGACCUUGCAUUUUCCUUGUCCGAAGCAUAACUUGAAAACUAUUGGUUGGAAUUCAAUAUAACUACAUACAAUUGUCAAACACAAUAAGGGGAAGUGCAGUGCACAAGAACCAUAACUCUAUCUAAAGUAAUUACAGAGUUAUUGCCCUUUGUUACUUUUCCAUUGCUUUCUUUUGUCCGGACCAUAACUUGAAGACUUAUUGUUUGAAUUCAUUAUAACUUCAUACAAUGGUCAAGCACAUUGAGAGGAAGUGCAGUGCUCAAGAACCAUAACUCCAUCUUGACUUAUUACAGAGUUACUGCCCUUUUUAACCUUUCCUUGUCCAGAGCAUGACAUGAAAACUACUGUUUGGAAUUCAAAACAACUUCAUACAAUGGUCAAGCACAAUAAGGGGAAGUGCAGUGCACAAAAACCAUAACUCCAUCUUGACUAAUUACAGAGUUAUUGCCCUUUGGUACUUUUCCAUUGCUUUUUUUGUCCGGAGCAUAACUUGAAGACUAAUGGUUGGAAUUCAAUUUAACUUCAUACAAUGGUCAAGCACAUUUAGAGGAAGUGCAGUGCACAAAAAGCAUAACUCUAUCUUGACUAAUUAGUUAUUGCCCUUUGUUAUCUUUCCUUGUCCAGAGCAUAAUUUGAAAACUACUGUUUGGAAUUCAAUACAACUUCAUACAGUUGUCAAGGACAUUAAAAGGAAGUGCAGUGCACAAGAGCCAUAACUCCAUUUUGACUUAUUACAGAGUUACUGCCCUUUGAUACUUUUCCUUGUCCGGAGCAUAACUUGAAACAUACUGGUUGGAAAUAUUCAAAACAACUUCAUACAAUGGUCAAGCACAAUAAGAGGAAGUGCAGUGCACAAGAACUAUAACUCCAUCUUCAGUAUUUAUAGAGUUAUUGCCCUUUUUUCUUUUCCUUGUCUUUCUGGACAUAUUACAGAGUAAUUCAAUAAAACUUCAUCAAUGGCCAACCACAUUGAAAGGAAAUGCAACAUACAAGAACCACAACUAUCUUUAACCAUAACUCUAUAUUUCAAUUCUUUUACAAGGUAUUCUGUUACUAGUAACAUCCUCAUUUCCGAAGCAGUCUUGCGGGGGUAUCAAUCACAUUUAGUGAUAGUUCUAGUAUUUAUUUGUUACCCCCGUCCAAGACAGAGGUGUAUAAAUUUGGCUUUGUCCAUUCCUACCUAUUGGAAAAAACUUGUGUGACUUCAGGAACAAAAUUGAACUGUAUUUCCUCUUUGAUUUGAUGAUAUUCAAUUCUUAAUCUUUUAUGCGGUUCUCCUUCUUUUAAUAGUGCCAAAAAAAGUAAUGGGGAAAUGGUAUCUUUAUGCAGGAAACUUUUCUUCAAUCAAAGCUGAAAAUGUAUUAUAUCAAUUUGUAAUUUCAGACAUUGAUAGAUCUCAUUCUAGAAAACUUCAUUGUUCCAGAAGCAUAAUUCUCUUUUGCAUAAUUGAAGACUUAACCCCCACUCCACACACACACACUUGCUUUUUAAUCUUAUCUAAAAAAAAUUUAGGCAUCAACUUUAAAAUGUUACACUGUACAGGAAGAGUAACUCUACUUGAGAAUAUAAUAUUAAUGCUCUGGGUGGUACUAAGAAGCAAAUAGUUUAAUUUGACGAGGGAUAUCAAUUUAACGAGUUUGUUUGUUAGAUUUGUAUUCUGUUGAUGUUUUUAAGACAGCAUUAUGUUUUGUCAUAUUCAUGAUUUGUAAUUAUUCCAUUUUUGUUGUAUUUUAAAUAAAUAGCUAAUUGUGUAUAUUCAGUGUGAUCUGUUACUUUUUGGCUCAUUAAAAUAGAUUAAAGGAUUGGAGACAUUGG